GCCGAGUAUGAAGCGUUGUUGGCAGGUUUAAGGCUUGCACGAGAGAUCGGAGUUAGCCGAUUGGAAUGCUGGACUGAUUCAAAGGUUGUAGCCGAGCAGGUGAACGAUAAUUUUCAAGUAAAAGAUGCAAACUUGUUAAAGUAUUAUCAUUUGUUUCAAAAAAUGCGUGAUAUGUUUGAAGAAGUUCAAGUAAAGCACACACCAAGAGAACACAAUGCGAGGGCGGAUCAGUUGGCUCAGUUGGCAAGCAGUACCAGAAAACCUGGACAGUUGAGAACCACGCUUCACUUGGAUCUUGAAGCACCAAGUGUGGUAGCUGCCGAAUGUUUGGUAGUGGAGGAGUCUGCUCGAACAUGGAUCACUGAGAUAGUGGAGCAUCUUGAACAUGGUAAAUUACCGUCUGAUCCAACGGCUGCUAAAAAGCUCCGAACGCAGGCUGCCAGAUAUAUUGUGGUUGGAGGAGAGCUAUAUAGAAGAGGAUUCUCGGUUCCGUUGCUGAAAUGCGUUGAUAAAGAGCAAGCUAAUUAUAUAUUGAGAGAGAUGCAUGAAGGGAUAUGCGGUUUCCACUCGGGAGGACGAACUUUAGCCACUAAGGUGCUUCGGGCAGGAUACUAUUGGCCUACUCUUAGGGAAGAUUGUGUAAAGUUCGUAAAACAUUGUGUAUCAUGCCAACGGCACGGUAACCUUAUUCACGCUUCAGCUGAAGAACUUCAUGAUAUUAGUUCACCAUGGCCGUUUGCAAUGUGGGGUAUGGAUAUUCUUGGACCCUUCCCGAUUGCCAAGGGUCAGUGCAAAUUUUUGCUAGUUGCUGUAGAUUAUUUCACGAAAUGGGUCGAGGCCGAGCCACUUGCCAGUAUCACAACUGCCAAUGUUCAAAAGUUUUUAUGGAAAAACAUCAUUACUCGCUUCGGCAUUCCAUAUGCACUUGUAACUGAUAAUGGUUUGCAAUUCACCGAUCAAAAACUUAAUCGGUUCAUUCAGGAUCUCGGCAUCAAGCACAGGUUUACAUCGGUAGAACACCCGCAAGCUAAUGGGCAGGCCGAAGCAGCAAACAAAGUAAUACUUGGUGAAUUGAAGAAAAGAUUGGGAGACGCUAAGGGAGCUUGGGCGGAAGAAUUAUUAGAGGUUUUAUGGGCUUAUCGGUGCACGCCUCAGUCCACGACUAAAGAAACACCUUUUCGGCUAACAUAUGGCACUGAUGCCAUGAUACCUGUUGAGGUAGGAGAACCAUCUUUUCGGCGACAAUAUUUUGAUGAAAAUACCAAUGAUAUAUCUCUCCGAGCUGAGGUUGACAUGGUCAAUGAAGUACGUGUCAGAACAGAGAUUAUAGCUGAAGCUUGUAAACAGAGGAUGGCUCACUUCCCUCCCGAGUUGAUCAACUUGCCUAAGGACAAAUCCGAAGCAAGUCUGUUCGGACUUGUCAAAAAAGAGCACACAUCUGAAACAAGUCUGUUUGGUUUUGUCAAACCAGAGUACAAAUCCAAAGCAAACCUGUUCGGAUUGGUCAAAAAAGAGUACAAAUCCGAAAUAAGUCUGUUCGGUUUUGUCAAAAAAGAGUGCAAAUCCGAAGCAAACCUGUUCGGAUUUGUCAAAGAAGAGCACAAAUCCGAAACAAGUCUAUUCGGUUUUGUCAAAAAAGAGUACAAAUCCGAAACAAGUCUGUUCGGAUUUGUCAAAAAAGAGUGUAAAUCCGAAGCAAACCUGUUCGGAUUUGUUAAAGAAGAGCACAAAUCCGAAACAAGUCUGUUCGGAUUUGUCAAAAAAGAGUGUAAACUCGAAGCAAACCUGUUCGGAUUUGUUAAAGAAGAGCACAAAUCCGAAACAAGUCUGUUUGGUUUUGUCAAACCAGAGUACAAAUCCGAAGCAAACCUGUCCGGAUUGGUCAAAAAAGAGUACAAAUCCGAUGCAAAUCUCUUCGGUUUUACCAACAAAAUAUAUAUUUGA